AUAUUUCUUUUACUUCAAGCCACAAACAUUAUGAGGUCGCCGGUACCCAUCAUACUUUCCGUUGGCUUACUUUGUACUGAAAUUAAAAUUUUCAUUUAAAAUUGUAAAGGAAAUUAGAUUUCUUGCCAAAACUGUAACCUUCAAUCUUCAAAAUUCAAAUAUAAAAUGCCCUCUUCCAGUUUUUGAAUUUUGAGGCACAAUUCGGUUUUGGUGUCUUAUUCAGAGAGAUGGGUUCUGCGGAAAGAUCCAGUAAGAAGAAAGCUCAGCUAUGGAAGAAAGCCGCCAUCCAUUUCUCCCUCUGCUUCGUCAUGGGAUUCUUCACCGGCUUCAUGCCCACCGCCAAAACCACAAUUUUCCAGAGCCACCUGGGGUCUAACCAGUCCGAAAUUUCGCCCCAGCCGACCGAGAUUUCGGGGGCAGAGGCGGCGCACGCCAACAGGAGCCUGAGAGCGGAGACUCCCGUGGCCGUGACGGCGAGGUCUUCUGACGAGAAGCUGAAAUUCCCGACAGAGGGGGAGGAAAAAGAAGAAGAGGCGGAGGAGGAAAGUGAGGAGAAGUUGGUACCGAGAAGGCUGCUGAUCGUGGUGACUCCGACAAGCGGGAGAGAGGAGUUCAGGGGGGCGUUGUUGAGGAGGUUGGGGAACACUCUGAGCCUGGUGGCGCCGCCGGUGGUGUGGAUAGUGGUGGAGGCGCAGCCGGAGACGGAGGAGGUGUCGGAGGUGCUGAGGAAGACGAAGGUAAUGUACAGGCAUUUGGUGAUGAAGGAGAAUUUGACGGAGGCGGAGGCGGAGGCGGAAAUGGAUGGGCAGAGGAAUUUGGCGCUGACUCACAUCGAGCAUCACCGACUCAGCGGCAUUGUGCAUUUCGCGGGCCUUCACAAUGUCUACGACCUCAACUUCUUUGAAGAGAUCAGAAGAAUUGAGGUGUUUGGGACAUGGCCAAUCGCGCUACUGUGGCCAAACAGGAACAAGGCGAUAAUCGAAGGGCCAGUGUGCGACUCAUCACAGGUGAUCGGAUGGCAUCUGAGAAGGAAAGUGUGGAAUGAAACAGAGAGAAGGUCCCCUGCUGUUCAUAUUUCAAGUUUUGCUUUCAACAGUUCAAUCCUAUGGGACCCUGAGAGAUGGGGCCGCAUUUCUUCCGCCCAAGAUUCCUCCCAGAAUUCCAUAAAGUUUGUGAAACAAGAAGUUCUUGAAGAUGAGACCAACUUAAAGGGAAUCCCACCAGAGGACUGCUCCAAAAUCAUGCUUUGGCAUCUCCAUUUUCCAACCCCAAAUUGAAAUUCAACUCCCUUCAAAACUUUGCCAAAUGGUUGUGGGAGUUCAAGCCCUACAAGAAGACAUCUAGUCUAGAUAUUGAAAUUUGGAUGAGGAAAGAUUAAUGUAAUUUUUGGAGAAAAUUCAAUCCUAAGAUUAGGGUUUUCUUCUUCUUUUUUGGGGGGGGUGGGGGGGUGUUGAAUUGUUAAUUCAAUUUUCCGGUUUUAUGUUUUAAUUUUCUUUAGUAACUUAAGAUGUUUUCAAAAUUAUUUCAUUCGGUUGAUGGCCAUGUAUUGUUGGAGUAUGUAUGUUGUGCCUCACAUUCAAAUCUAAAGCGAAGUUUCUUGAAAAUGUAAUGAUUUUAAAGUUGAUAGCAAACUUUCUUAUAUUUCUUUGAUC